AGUGAGCAGCGUAAUAAUAUGCAAUAAUCCUGGCUAAAACUUUGAAAGAUCAAUACCAGAUCAUCAGCAGUGCUGGCACAUUGAUCAGACACAAGGAUGUCAGGAUGGUUAGACAGAAACAGGCAGGGGAGCAAGAUAAGAAAGCCGUCUUGAAAUUCCGAAGGUCUGUCUCUGAGGGACCCCAGUUCACUUACAGGAGUAGCUCUCAGAAGAAAAAUGAUGACCAUUACAACGAGGAGGAGGAGGAAGAAGAUGAAGAAAUCUUAGGCUCUGAUGAUGAUGAACAGGAAGACCCCAGGGACUACUGUAAAGGCGGCUACCAUCCCGUGAAAAUAGGCCAACUCUAUAACAACUGCUACCAUGUAGUCCGUAAGCUUGGAUGGGGUCAUUUCUCCACCGUGUGGCUGUGUUGGGAUCUACAGAUGAAGCGUUUUGUGGCCUUGAAAGUUGUCAAGAGUGCACAACAUUACACUGAGACAGCAUUGGAUGAAAUUAAAUUACUGAAAUGUGUUCGUGAGAGUGACCCUGAGGAUCCUUGUAGAGAGAGGACAGUUCAACUUCUGGAUGACUUCAAAGUUUCAGGGGUGAACGGCACUCAUGUGUGCAUGGUGUUUGAGGUUCUGGGUCAUCACCUACUGAAACUGAUCAUCAGGUCCAGCUACCAAGGAAUUCCAUUAUCAAAUGUCAAGUCCAUUAUUAGACAGACUCUACAAGGGCUCCACUACCUCCACACAAAGUGUAAGAUCAUACACACAGACAUUAAGCCAGAGAACAUUCUCAUGUGCGUGGAUGAGGCACAUGUUCGCAAACUUGCAGCAGAUGCAGUGGAGUGGCAGAAGAUGGGACAGAAGCUCCCAGGAUCUGCAGUGAGCACGGCACCCAAAGAGAAGCCCCCAGAUCCCAGUAAAAUGUCCAAGAAUAAAAAGAAGAAACUGAAGAAGAAGAUGAAGAGGCAGCAGGAACUGUUGGAGAAACAGAUGCAGCAGCUGGAAGAGCUGAACAUGGGAGGAGGGGAGAAGAUUCAAAAAAUGAAUGAUGAGGAGAGGGAGGAGAACAGUUCUCAGUCAGACCAUAUUGCCACCACUCCCACACAGAAUGCAGAGGCGAUGGAAGUAGGAGACGAUACCAAUGGAAAAGAAAGCAACGAAUCAAAAGGAGAAUCCCAUGCUUCAGGUGAUGAUGCUGUGGAGACGAAACAGUGCAGUGAGAGAGGUGAAGGUCACUGUAAAUCCAGCCAAUCCAGUAGCAGCUUGGAUUCAGCCAGUCAGCUGGAGGCAGACAAGGCAAUAAACCAAAAUAAUACUGUGAACAGUAGUAGAUCAAAUAAUGAAAAUUCUGAUUGUCCAGAUAGUCAGGAGACAAUUAGGGACUCCAGUAGUCAGCCCUUAUUAUGCAACGGUCACUCCUCGGCCUCGUCUGAGGAAGGCGGGGAGACGACAAUGACAGCGCACGAAUCUCAGAGUGACGUGUUGAAUACAAACGACAGUGCUAGCAAUGAGCCUGCUAAAACAGAGGAUAAUAUGGAGCAAGGUGAUAGUAAUGACACUUGUGAGAAUGAGAAUGGGAAUCCUGAAUUGUCCACUGAGCAGAAAAAUAGACCACAGUUGAAGGGCUCCAACUCCCAAGGUGCCAUCAGCACUACAUCAGAGGGCAAGAAACCAGACCCUUCCUCUGAGAUAUGUGAGCUCCACGUGAAGAUUGCUGACUUAGGGAACGCAUGUUGGACUCAUCACCAUUUUACAGAAGACAUUCAGACCAGGCAGUAUCGGUGUCUGGAGGUUCUAAUUGGGGCAGGAUACGGCCCCCCUGCUGAUAUAUGGAGUACAGCUUGUAUGGCAUUUGAGUUGGCAACUGGGGACUACCUGUUUGAGCCCCACUCAGGGGAGGACUACUCCAGGGAUGAGGAUCACCUUGCACACAUUAUCGAACUCCUGGGGGCAAUUCCCAAGCACAUUGCCCUCAGUGGCAAGUACUCCAGGGAGUUCUUUAACAAGAGAGCUGAACUGAGACACAUUACCAAGCUGAAGCCCUGGGGUCUGCUAGAAGUGCUGACGGAGAAAUACGAGUGGGAUCCCAAGGAGGCGCAGGCUUUUGCUGACUUUCUCAAGCCAAUGCUCGAGUUUGACACUUCCAAGCGCGCCACGGCGGAAGAAUGUCUAAGGCAUCCUUGGCUACAAGACGCUGAUGCAUAAACACUGAUUUGACGAUUCUGUACAGUAGUUCCAUAAUUAUAAUUAUUCUGUAAGAUAAAUAAGUAUUUGUAUUAAGAGUUGUAUUGUUCUCAGAGAGUUAGGAUUACAGCACUCCAUUGCAAGGUGCCAGGAUAAGUACUUCUGUAGUUGGAAGUGCUUCUUAAGUAUGAGUAUUUCAAUGAGAAUUGUAGAGACUGUUGCCAAAUAUAAAACAUUGCAAAGUGAUGCCACCAUAUUUGAACAUUACUGAAAGGAGAUGAGCUUGACAAUUAUGCCAAAGGAACUGUAAUGCUGUCAUCCCAUGUUAGCCAAAGGAGUGUUCAUCUGGGUUAAAUGAAACCAGAUCUUGACUAAAUUGACUGACAGCAUAAAAAAAUAGAAAGUUGCCAGCUCAGCAGCAGUUUUUCUGACGGACAGAAGUAGGAGUAUUCUGAGCCUUAUCACUUUCCAACCUGUUGGACUACUGCUGUACUGCUUACUGUCCUUUUGCUAUGCUGUCAGUGAAGGUAACAUAGAACUGGGUUAAUUUUGCAUGGGUAUAAAAAAAUGCCUAAUUACUUUAUUUGAGACGCCCUGGACCCACUGUUAAACUCCACCCGAGCUUCUAUCCUUAAAUUUACUUAACACCCAACAUCAGGAUGUAUGGAACUGGAAAUAAAUGUCUAUUUGUUCUCCUCA